CGCCCAGCUAAGUGGCGGACGGUAUGGCUGUGCGGCGUGGGGCGCUCAUCGUGCUGGAGGGCGUGGACCGCGCGGGGAAGACCACGCAGGGCCAUAAGCUGGUGGCCGCGCUGUGCGCCGCGGGCCACCGUGCCGAGCUGCUGCGCUUUCCUGAAAGAUCAACAGAAAUUGGCAAACUUCUGAAUUCCUACUUAGAAAAGAAGAGUGAACUGGAGGAUCAUUCCGUGCACCUGCUUUUUUCUGCAAACCGCUGGGAACAAGUGCCAUUAAUUAAGGAGAAGUUGAGCCAGGGUGUGACCCUUGUUGUGGACAGAUAUGCAUUUUCUGGUGUUGCCUUCACCAGCGCCAAGGAGAAUUUUUCCUUGGAUUGGUGUAAACAGCCAGAUGUGGGCCUUCCCAAACCUGACCUGAUCGUGUUCCUUCAGUUACAACUGGUGGAUGCUGCAGCCCGGGGAGAGUUUGGUUGUGAGCGCUAUGAGAAUGGCAUGUACCAGGAGCGGGCACUGCAGUGUUUCCACCAGCUCAUGAGAGACACAGCUUUGAACUGGAAGGUGGUUGAUGCUUCCAAAAGUAUUGAGGAUAUCCACACAGAAAUCCGUGCACUCUCUGAAGACAUCAUUCAUAGCGCUGCGCAGAGGCCACUGGGAGAGCUUUGGAAAUAAAUCAGGAAUCCCACUGCAAAUGCCACUCUGCAGUCCUUCAGGAGACUUGUAGAAGGGCUCACCUGCUCAUAAUUCUAUUCAGAUUAUACAAUUUCAGGAGCUCUUUCCUGGCAGCAGAGACCUCCUGGCCUUCACUUAUAUGGAACCUUGGCAGUGUGGACACUAAGUGCAGUGGUGCUGUCUUCCUCUGCUGUCCUUAAGUCAUUAAUAUGUUCCAGUUUUUUCUUAUGGAACUUUAAUAACGCUGAGCCAUUCCAUUAAGGUCAUUAGAAAUGGCAAUUAUUUGGGAUUCUCUUGAAUUUCUUGUAGGCAAUAAUAAAGUUUACCUAAAAAUGUA